GUAAAAUAAAUCUAGGAAGCCUUGGAGAAGCGGUCAUUAGGUCAAAUGAAUUACAAAUGUUUAAAAGUUGCAUCUUUCGCCCGAAUCACAAGACAAAUUAAAACGUAUUAAGGUGAAAUGGCGUUCGUUCAACAAUUUCUUGGUUGCAUUGAGCUCAACUAUGCCGUAUACAUAAUUGGCAUCUUUGACAUGAUUUUAAGCCUUCUUUGCGGCUGCUACUUGCCAUGGAUCAGACGGAAGGCUGAAUUGGACUUUUAUUUGGCGACGCCAUAUACAGAGUCUGGUUCCUCCUGGUGGACGACCCCUGAGGAAUUUUACCACAGCAGAUUUGGCUAUGCAAUGUGGAUCUUCCUAGUGCUCGUCCUUGUUCUCCAUAUCGGCGCCUGUAUAUUGAUUAUAGUUUCUAGUUUCACGAAGGAAAAUUGGAUGGUGGCUCCCUACCUAGCCACCGCCCUUGUGCGUUUUGUGGUGUUAUUUUUAAUUCUGCUCUGGAUGGUUGCCAAGUGCCACGAUAGUAAAACUUGUUAUUGGUUGCUCGGCUUUAGUCUGUUUCCCGCCACAUAUUUUUAUCUUACUGCCGUGUCGUGGUACGCUGCAAACGACACCGACGACUCCUAAAAACACAAAUUUUUUCCAAUCUUUUCUAAGUUUGAAAUUUCCGAAAUGUCAAACCAUUUUAGCCUUCAUAUUUCAGUAACUUCACAUACUUCAAUAUCACAUCACUUCGAACGGAAAAA